UCUUCACAAAUUCUCUCAACCUUUUCUUCACUAAAAUACUUUAAUUUUUGAAUUCCAUGAAAAACAAUUUUUCUGAUCCAUUAACCAAAAUGGACCCUCUUGGUUACGGGUCGGGUACUGGAUCCAACUUCUCCUUCGCUUACGACAAUGCCGCUUUCUCCGACCGGAUUCUGACGAUCCAGAUUGUUCCGAACUCAAAAUCCGACGGUGAGGGAUGUAGCAGUACUGCCGGCGAUUUGGACCGGAAACGGAAACGUAGAAGAGAAGAAACCAGUAAACAAAAUGAUGCAGAUGUGCUCACGCAACACAAGGACAAGGUUUUGAAUUGUACUAUGCUGGAUACAGAAGUCCUUGCUUAUGAGAACCAAGAUGAGGAAGCUGUUGCAAUGGCUGAGGAAUCUUCAUCCCGUGUUGAGAUGACUACAGAUCACCCGGGUGGUGGCGUUGCUUCUAAGAGCACUGACUCAUUCACACACUUGAACUCUGCAGCUGCGCUUUCAGUGAAAACUAUACGCAUCAGUUCUGCUAUUUUGGCCGCACAGAGUCCAUUCUUUUACAAGCUAUUCUCCAAUGGCAUGAGAGAGUCAGAGUCAGAGAAGCAGCUUGUUACUGUACAAAUCUAUGCCUCGGAAGAAGCUGCCUUCGUAAAGUUACUACAAUUCAUGUAUAGCAAUACUUUGUCUACGAUACCAGCUACUGCUAUGCUUGAUGUGCUUAUGGCUGCUGACAAAUUUGAGGUUGCAUCAUGCAUGAGACACUGCAGCCGUUUAUUGCUCAAUCUUCCCAUGACAUGUGAAUUAGCUUCGCUAUUUUUGAAUCUUCCUUCUAGUGUUUCUAUUGCUGAUGCAGUUCAGCCACUGCUAGAUGCUGCAAAACAGUUUCUUGCUGCACAUUUCAAGGAUAUCACCAAGUUCCAAGUAGAGGUAUUGAACUUACCUAUUGCGGGAUUUGAGGCUGUUCUCUGCAAUGACGAUCUUCAGGUUGCUUCAGAGGAUGUUGUCUAUGACUUUGUUUUAAAGUGGGCUCGGACCCAUUACCCAAACUUGGAAGAAAGACGUGAAAUAUUGGGGUCUCGUCUUUGUCACCUCAUUCGUUUUCCAUACAUGACAUGCAGCAAGCUGAGGAAAGUUCUAACUUGUAAUGAUUUUGAUCCUGAACUAGCUUCCAAGAAUGUAUUGGGGGCUUUAUUUUUCAAAGCUGAAGCACCGCACCGGCAGCGUUUGCUUGUUGCUGAGGAGGGCAAUGCAUCAUGUAGUAGUUUUGUGGAGCGUGCUUACAAGUUUAGACCAAUUAAAGUUCUCAAUUUUGAACUUCCCUUUCAGCAGUGUAUCGUUUACCUAGAUUUAAAUCGGCAAGAGUGUAAUAAUCUCUUUCCUGCUGGUAGAAUUUACUCAGAGGCUUUCCAUUUGGGUGGACAGGGUUUUUACCUAUCAGCUCGUUGUAACAUGGAUCAACAGAAUUCAUUCCAUUGGUUUGGAAUGUUCUUAAGCAUGCAAGAGCAGGGGUUAGAGACAUUUACAGUUGAUUUUGACUUUGCAGCUUUGACAACCCUAUCUGAGGACUAUGUGAGCAGAUUUAAGGGGAGCCACACAUUCACUCGUGGCAAGGGUGUUGGCUUCAGGAACCUGGUUGGCAUACCUUGGACUACUUUUAUAGCUCAGGGUAGUGUAUACUUCAUCAAUGGAGUUCUCCGUCUUCGAGCUGUGCUUACUGCCCGACAAUGAGCUUUUACUUACUAACAGAAGGACUUUGCUUCAAGAAUGAAUGCUAACUGAAAGACAUUAACCAGCCAAAAGGUCUGUUAAAAGGUUUCAAUUGUUGUAUGUGCACUGCUGCUGUAUGUUACUGAAACUCACAGACUCAGUUAGCUUCAUCUGCUUCACAUUGUACUGGCCUUUUGACUUGUCAAUUUGUUCAAGGAAAUAGUAGUUAAAGCCUAAAGGAACCAUGGUUGUCGUUUGUUUGGUGUAUGAGAUAGACAAGGAUAUUUCAAUCGCUCAUUUUAUUUUGAAA